AUGAGAAGGGUUACACUCUUUGUUAAUGGCACGUCCACAAAUGGCAAGGUUGUGGCAGUGUACGGAAGUUUGGUCGACCUAUUGUCUGUCGCAAGCAGUAAGCUGGGAAUCAAAGCCUCUAACAUUUACAAUGGGAAAGGAGGCCUUAUUGACGAUAUAGCACUCAUAAGGGAUGAUGACGUCCUGUAUGUCUCUGAGGGAGACUCGUUUGUAGAUCCGGUGGAAGAUUCUGAACACCAAAGAGAAGUCCGUUCGCGAGCUCACACUGACUGGUUGACGCUGAACGUAGGAGGUCGUUGUUUUACCACCACUAGGAGCACACUGGUGAAGGAGCCCGAGAGCAUGCUAGCCCACAUGUUCAGAGAUAAAGAUGUGUGGGGAAACACGCAGGAUGAGCACGGCGCCUACCUGAUUGACCGCAGCCCUGACUACUUUGAGCCCAUCUUAAACUACCUGAGACACGGUCAGCUGAUCAUCAACGAUGGCAUUAAUCUGCUGGGGAUUUUAGAAGAGGCUCGUUUUUUUGGGAUAGAACGCCUGGCCGAGCAGCUGGACGGUUUAAUCAAGAAUUCCCAGCCGCCCGAUGACCACUCUCCCAUCUCCCGUAAAGAGUUUGUUCGUUUCCUGCUUGCCACGCCCACAAAAUCAGAGCUACGCUGUCAGGGCCUGAAUUUCAGCGGUGCGGAUCUCUCUCGUCUAGACCUGCGUUACAUCAACUUCAAAAUGGCCAACCUCAGCCGAUGUAACCUCACGCACGCCAACCUGUGCGGCAGCAGCCUGGAGCGCGCCGAUCUGUCCAACUCCAACCUGGACGGCGCUAAUUUGCAAGGUGUGAAGAUGCUUUGCACUAAUGCAGAGGGAGCAUCUCUGAGGGGGUGUAACUUUGAGGAUCCAGCGGGACUAAAGGCUAAUUUGGAAGGGGCCAAUCUGAAGGGGGUGGACAUGGAGGGCAGUCAGAUGACGGGCAUUAACCUGCGCGUGGCCACACUGAAGAACGCCAAGCUGAAGAACUGUAACCUGCGCGGGGCCACUCUGGCCGGGACCGACCUGGAGAACUGUGACCUGUCUGGGUGUGACCUGCAGGAGGCAAACCUGCGAGGUUCCAACGUGAAAGGAGCCAUAUUUGAGGAGAUGCUGACGCCUCUUCACAUGUCUCAGAGUGUCAGAUAGCGCCCCCUGCUGGCUGUCCACAGCCCGUGUGUGCACCCGCCUGUGUGUUGUGUUCUGUCCUUACAGUGCUGUUGCAUGGAGACAUUGAGCUGCUCGUUCUUCCAGUGGGAACAGCCUCCUGUAGCUGAGCCCUGACAACCAUCAGGGAUUAGGCCCUGACCAAACACACACUCCUCUCACACCCCGUGAA